UUUUGCUAUUUUACAUUUGACACACAUAUUAAACAUAUUACUUGUUCUAGCUCUCUACAGUCUCGUCUUCAUCUGAUUAUAAAUCAGAAGAUGGAAUAUUUCAGUUACGAUACAGCCGACUAUUACCUAUCUUUACCACAAUUCUAUUGUUUAUUGUAAUUUGGUGCAGCCAUCUACGCCACCACGAUAUAUUUACUAUCGUACCUUAUACUGCAAUUUUUUUCCUAAUUCGUUCACUUUAAACAUUGACUGAUUGCAACAUGACUCAAACAAAAAAAUUCGUAUUCUAAAAAUGUAUUUUCUUUUGUUUGUUCUGACACUUUGAUAGAUUUCGAAUGUGUAAAAUUUCUUGGAUAAGCUUAUUGUUUUAGUUUGGCAGUAAUUACUGUUUUCGUACUUUAUAUGUUGUAUUCGUGUAUUUGCAAUGUUAAUGGUUCAAGAACUAAACCUAAAGAUUCAUUCUCUAUAUAGGCAUAUUUAAAAGAAUCUAAGGUUGCAGGUAUUUUAUGCACAGUUUAUUUGCUAAUUUUAACUGAAAUCGUGUAUCGAGACGAUUUUCAUGUUCUAUACUAAUAUACUAUCAUUAAAGCCGUUCUAGUUAGUUUGCUAUGAAUAACUAUGUGAAAACAUAAGAAUAAAGAGGGGAUGUUAGGGUUACUAAUGUUGUGUUACUAAUCCUGGGGUCUUCUAGAAGCCCAAUCGAUAAAAAAUAUUAUAUAAAAAAAAUAAUUGUUGACAAACGCAGUCACAAAUUAAAGAUGUGAGGCCCGAACUUUCAAAACCCGCAAUAUUUCGGUGUGCCUGGACCACUAACUUGCGACAGGAUGAAAUAAGCUCGUGUACGUAAUUGAGUUAACAUUUACUGAUUGGUAAUUCAAAUAAACAGCAAUUGUAUAUGGUACGAUUUCAGGGCUGAGAAGUUUCGUAAAGAUAAAUAGGUUUAGAUCUUACUUAAGCUUUAAUCAGCCAAUUAUAUUAUUCAACCCCAGAAGAAAUUAAAAACAGAAGCUAAAAAUAUAAAAAUAAAUAUUUUCGAAAUGCAAACAAUCGUAGAAGAAUGCCGUAGAUCAGUUUGGCUACAAUUUUAUCCGCCGCCAUGCUUUGUUUAGACAAAAUGUUCCGUAUAGAAGAAAACUGUACAAAAAAUAUUCUUUAGUCUUAUAAUAGAAAUGUUCCUGUUAAAAAGAUUCUUUAACGUUGCCAUUGUUUCAAACCACAUUUACUUUCUUCACUAUUCGAAUUUAUUUUUUUAUAGGAACAUUCUGCCCCCUCUCCAAAAUGCCUUCCCAUUGUACGGGUUCUCGUUCCCUAUCAACAAUCUUGGAGUAUACAGUUUCUUUUUGUUUCCUUUUUUGAAAUUUAAGCGCCAGUCAAUACUUUGGAUCGGGUUGAGCUGCACUACAUGAUCAUAAUAACAAUUUAGGCAUUAUGCAGCACUGUAAUCCUUUUCUUAUUUGUCAACAUAUCAUGCAUGUAAAUCAAUUAAAAAAACCAGGCGGUCUACUACAUACAAAAGUCAACUAUUCUAACCAAAACACAGAUCUAAUAACCACCCGAUGCACAUUUAAUCUUGGUUGUGCCAGCAAUGGUAAAAUUUCAAAGCUUAAGCGCGCCUCCAGCGGGGUAGAGAUAUAAACUUCAACGGUAGAUUUCAUCUUCUUAUCGCAGCUCUCAUGCAAUAAGAAUUAUAUAUGCUUUUUAUUAUUUGAAAUUCUUAAUAGAGAUGCUGCGGCAUAAAAAUAAGUCGCAAAAUAAUGACCUAAAAAAUCUUCAUGACAUUGAUUAAGUCUUUUAGCUUAUGCAGAUAACCUGUACAAAUUAUUUAAUUUCUAUGAAAUUCAAGAUCCC